AUGGACUCAUCCGGAUCCCGUCGUCGUCGGCCUCGUCGCUCGCAGGGUCCCCCCAUCCUCCGAAUCAACCUCCCUGUCGACCACUCCGGACGAGACCGGCAGGAGUACUGGGUCCACUUUGGCAGCCAAGACAAGUUCAAGCAGUUCAUGGACAGCGUCGUUUCCGAGACUAACAAGGCCGCCGCCGCAGAGGCCACCGAGAGGGCUAGGAUCCUGGCCAUGGCCGAGAUCGCUGACUGCGGCUCUGAGUAUAACAGGCCUGUUUCCGAUAGAGAGAUGCUCGCCAUGCUCCGAGCCAACAUCCCCGUAAGCGAGAAGCUCCGUGACAACGUCGUCAUCAACUCCAUCAUCAGAAACAACGGCAGCAUCACCGAGGUGCUCCGCCAGCGACAGAGGGCCCUCGAACUGCUCCGGGGUCCGCCCCGUCCCGAGACGCCGCAGCCGAUUGGGCGGCGACAGCAGCAGCGCAACAGCAGCUCCGACUCCGACUCCGACCCCGACCCCGACUCCGACUCCAGCAGCAACUAUAGCGACGACACAGCCGAUAGCGACGACGCAGCCACCAGCGACCGGGCCGCCAGCUCCGUCAACACCGAGGUCGACGUCGAGGUUGCCCGCAACCGCAUGGAGGCUCUGGACAUACUCGAGGGCGUGCGCCGGCCUCGCCGCGAUGACGACUGGGUCGGCGACAGCAGGUACGAUUGGCUGUUCAACCGCCUCGUGAUGGACGACCACAGCCACCGGCGGGAGGAGAUGCGUCGGCUCCGCAGCAGGGGCAACCUCGAGCGCAUGAUGGCGCCGCCGGACGAGUCGGCCACCUACGCGUGGAAGCACGUGCGCCGCGUGCUCCAGUCCGAGAUCAGCGUGCCCGUCGGCUGGGGCUGGAUGCCCGGCUGGGGCGGCGGCGAUCUGGACGGCAUGGUGACGACGCUGCUGUUCCUGACCGACGAGGACGAGAGCGGCAUCUGCCGCGUCAGGACCGCCCGCAUCCUCGAGGGCCGCCCCGUCUGGGACUUCCGCGUCCUCAUGCUCAGCUUCGCCUCGCGCAGGUGGGCUGACGUCGUCUGGAUCGGGCACGAGUCCCACCCCCUGCCCAUGGGCUUCCGGAGCGGCGACCCCAUCAUGCAUCUCCAAUGGGGCGACAGCAUGAUUUGA